UGCUGCAUUCAGGAGGAGCUGAAAGCUCGCAUGGAAGCAGACAGACGCCGUAAAGAGGACGAGAAAAAGAGACGUCAGCAGCAAUUGGCCGGAGCGUUUGCUUUAGCAACGGCCGGCAGGCGUAAUUUUGUGAUUUCGAAAAGAAAAGAGGAUAAAUUCAGUAAUAUUUGUCAGGCGAAACAAGAAAUGGAAAUGACACAAGAACAACAAAAAGAAGAAAAAGAAGACCUAAUGGCCAUCGUAAAACGAAGUUUGGAAUAUGGUGAUUUGAGAGGGAAUGACUUGAAGGAGAAAAUCCGAUCGAUGCAUCAACGAAUAUGCAAAUUAGAGGCUGAAAAGUAUGAUCUGGAAAGACGGAAGGAACGUCAGGAAUAUGAUCUAAAAGAACUUAACGAGCGUCAACGUCAAAGGUUUCGCAAUAAUGCACGCAAGAAGGGAAUCGAUCCUGCGUCACGAUAUCCAGUAAGCGGUUGUUCGUUACGAUUGUUUUUUGCUCCCUUGAUGGAUCACAAGGAAAAAUUUGUCAUAUAUGUAACUAUUUGUCAUAAAAUUGUUUCUGUAAAAUUUUAUGAAAAACAA